AUGAAUGCUCGGAUGCUAUGCCGCUUGAUUAAGGUUAGUAAGUUAAACGACUAUUGUAUGAGGAUUCGAUCACAGUCCCUGUGUAAACGCAAUCUCAUUCUCAACUUCCGGGGCUUAACCCUUCUCAUAACUACAGUAUUUACCCAAUCUUUAAAGCGAAACCAUCAAAGUUCCAUCUGCUCACGAUACAUAGAGCCGACCGCCGGCUCGCUUCCAAUCGGGUUAGGAGGUUAG